GUGACCGCAAGGACAGAAAUAUACACACGGCAAAUUCUGACAGCAAUAAUGAAAUCAUUGUGAAUGCUGUUGUUUUUGGACCUGAUCACCUGAAUAGACCUUGAUGUUAUCUGCCAUUUUUUUUUGUGAGUGAUGAAGCUCACACCAUGACUAUGAGCUUUCCAUAAUGCUGUUGUGGUGGGUGACAUAGGAAGUAUGGACCUGACUAACGGACAGUCGAGCAUGAUAUAUUUCACAGCCACUCCUUCUGAGCGGAGUAGCAGCUCUGAAUCUCUGAGUGAGAAAGCUUCUAAUGACCCUAAGAAAAGUUUUGAUGCAGUGGUCUUUGAUGUCCUGAAGGUGACACCAGAAGAGUUUGCUAGUCAGAUAACGCUAAUGGAUGCACCUGUUUUUAAAGCUAUUCAGCCUGAAGAGCUGUCAAGUUGUGGCUGGAAUAAAAAGGAAAAGCACAGUUCAUCACCAAAUGUCGUAGCCUUCACUAGGAGGUUUAAUCAUCUUUUGAGCAGGAAAGAUAAAACAACAUUUGAAAAAUUAGAAUAUCUGGUAUCUAAAGAGGACAAUUACAAGAGGCUCAGGGAUUAUGUUAAUAGUUUGAAGAUGACUCCAUGUAUUCCGUAUUUAGGUAAGGAUUACAGUUUUGAAUUCUUCAGAAGCAGUGGUUCAUCCAACUACUUGUUAGAUGCUUGA